AUGGUCUCGGAUAAAUAUACGACGUAUUUCAAAGAUCACUGCCGCGUAAAAGAUUUCCCCGGACAUUCUAGUAAAGUUCACACAGUCGCAUGGUCAUGCGAUGGAAAGCGUCUAGCUUCUGGAAGUUUAGAUAAGACAGCAUGCGUGUUUACGCUCGAGAAAGACAGAUUAGUGAAAGAAAACAGCUUCAAAGGACACGGGGAUGCAGUCGAUCAACUGGUCUGGCACCCGUCGAAUCCGCAGCUUUUUGCCACGGCGAGUGGAGACAAAACGAUGCGAGUUUGGGAUGUUCGAACUGCCAAAGCUGCUGCUACUAUUCAAACCAAAGGAGAAAAUCUGAACAUCACCUGGCAUCCAAACGGAGAAUGCAUCGCUGUGGGAAACAAAGACGAUUUGAUCCAAUUCAUCGAUACAAAAACCUACAAGCCAAAGGGCGAAAAGCAAUUCAAAUUCGAAGUCAACGAGAUUUCGUGGAACAACGCGGGUACAAACUUUUUCCUCACAACUGGCACCGGCGCGCUCCAUGUACUCGACUAUCCGAAAUUAAACAAGGUCGAUGAGCUGGUGGCGCACACGGCAAAUUGUAUUUCCAUUCAAUUCAGUGACUGUGGGAAGUAUUUUGCUGUAGGAAGUGCAGACGCGAUUGUAACAAUCUGGGAUGCAAUCGAAUACAUGCCUUUGAGAACGAUGUCAAGGCUGGAAUGGCCAGUCAGAACGCUGAGCUUUUCACACAACGGAAGAUUGCUUGCUGCAGCAUCGGAGGACCAUAUAAUUGACAUUUGCAAUGUCCAAACAGGAGAGCAAGUAGCAGCAGUGCCCACUGACAAUCCAACCUUUUCUGUCGCUUGGCAUCCAUCGAAGCUCCUUCUCGCCUACACCUGCGACGACAAGGACAAGUACCACAAAGAUUUGGGCAACGUGAAGCUUUACGGACUCAUCAAAGAAUGA